CCGACUGCAGCGUCAAGGAGGAGGAGUAGUAACGCUGAGCAGAGAGAUGGAAGACUCGCUGGCUUCCGUUGGACGUAUGGGGAAGCAGUUGUUGGAUCGACAUAGGAAAACCGAGGACGCACAAAGAGAAGCCGGGGAGAAGAAGAAAUGCGAGGAAGACAAGAAGGCCGCAAAAGAGGAGGCGGCGAGGAUUGAGAUGGAAAAGAAACGCGCGAAGAGAGAUAAGGAGCAAAGAAGGCAAUGGGAGUUGAAGAAGAUCCUAGCAGAACAGAGAGAGGAAUACGAGGAGAAGCUGGCGCAGAUUGUGGGCUCAGGGAUGAAAGGAGCAACGAUCGGAGGAAAGAAGAAGAAGAAAGAGAAGGCUCCUGCACCAUCAUCGGGAUCUGAAGAGGAUAAUGAAGGAGAGGAAGAAGCUACCCCUUUGAAAGAUAAGAGGAAACGCCGAGAGUCGACGGGAGCGGCAGCAAACAACUCGCCUGUUGAAAAUACACCGAAACAAGAAAAGCCCGAAGACGCCGCUACUCCAGGAAGCGCCAGAGCAAGGAAAGGGAGAGGGAGGCCAUCGAGAGCAGAUACCCAAGCGGCGAGAAUGGAGAAGGGUCAAGACCCAUGGGAAGGAGUUCCCAUGGGCGACAAGUUUGCAACAGAAGCAGCGUUUCGAAAGGCCGUUAGGAAGACCCUGCGGUCCUUCUAUCCGGAUACGCUGAAGAUGAUGUGUAAGGGAGCCGGACUGCCCUUUUACGGCGUAAAUGACGCUGUUGAUGUUCUGGCAGAGUUAUGGGUGACUUACUGUUACAAGCGGAAGAAUGCAGGCUCGGUGUCAGGUAAGGGUACGGAUGAUGAGCAGAUGAGGGGGGAGAUUCAGGAUCCCUAGGUCGAGUCAAACGUGUAACUUAGAGUCGUGGAAAAUAUUGUUGGAAUUCAUUGAAUGUCGACGUUGGUGUAAAUUGAGUACAAAGGCUAGAGGCCUAGUCGCACUAGUAGAGAAGAUUCUGAGAAAUGCGCUGCUGUUGCUAAUUCUUGAGAAUGAAAUCGCUUGGGGACG